AAUUGAGUCAGCUAUGUGCAUGUGUUAGUUUUCCCUAGAGGACAAAAUUCAAAACGAGUAAUAAGUCUACGUUCUUUUUUUGAAAUGUUCCAUCUGGCAUCGAAGGCUACGUAUUAUAGAAAAUCGCAAUCACAGUCGUGAUUGAGUUUAAUCAUGAUUCGUGAUCGUGAUUUUGUGAUCACCGUAAAAAAUCACGGUUAGUGAUUUUGAACGCCAUCUCUAUAGCGCAGUCUAUUCUUAUUUUCUUAUAUGUCUAUAGUCAACGUAUCGUAUACGUUGACUAUAACUAUAUUUAUUGAACUAUAGUUCCGAUAUAUAGUAUGUCUGUGCUAAGUUUCCCUGGUUUGGUCAAUAAGAAGCUUGUGCGAAACUUGAGAAAGCAUAGCAUAAUGUGCAUGUGACGCGAACAGAAAUAUCGUGUAUCGGUUCGGUACGCGGCGCGAGUUUGAGAAUUCGAUCGCUGUAGAGUGUGCGAUUCCUGUGGCGAUGAAAUCGUGUGACAAACAAGCGUGAACGGAUAGAGGCAGAGUUGUUCCGGAUCGCGGACGAGAAACGAUAACUUGCUGCGGGUGUUCUUUCUAUAGGAAAAGGUCAACCCUUGUCUGGAUUCUAUGCGAUGUACCGGUGCCCCACCCCCGCUCGCUGUUUGUCCUCUAAGUCUAACCCCUUUACUAAGUAUCCGAGGGUAGCAUGCCGCAUACUAUGCAAAACUAUUGUCACCGUUCUCGCCGCUUAGUAGAUAUACGGUGUAAAACAAAGUAAUCUUGAAGAUUUAGUUUUUGAUACUUCUUGUAUCUAUGACCUGAUCUUCCAGUCGAUAUUAACAAAUUCAGGAUGUAUGCGUUAAAAAUGCAAACUGCCUGCCAGAGUGAGGACAGCGGGGAGCCUGUUGUAGUCAACUCGAGUAGUCAUCAUCAGGAACCUGCUAGACCUCCCGCGCAGGAUUGCAGCACGUUCGACAUUGUUAGAGCGACUCAGUAUGGAGCUUUGGAUCGUGUAACUGAAUUAAUAGAAGCUGGUGCGGAUGUAAAUCAACCAGACUCAGAAACUGUAACAUUAUUGCAUUGGGCAGCGAUAAACAAUAGGAAGGAUAUUGUAAAAUACCUGAUUGCAAACGGAGCUGUUGUCGAUGCGAUCGGUGGCGAACUUGCCUCUACGCCGUUGCACUGGGCCACGAGGCAGGGACAUUUAUCUACAGUUGUGAUAUUAAUGAGAGCGGGAGCAGAUCCAACUCUGCGAGAUUCCGAAGGAUUCUCGUGCAUUCAUUUAGCGGCGCAAUUCGGUCACACUGCUAUCGUCGCUUAUCUAGUCGCUAAAGGAGUGAACCCGAAUAUGCCAGACAGAAGCGCUAUGACACCCCUUAUGUGGAGUGCCUACAAAGUUAAUAGUUUAGAUCCGACUCGCUUGUUACUGACUUUGGGAGCAUCUCAUUCGCUCGCAGACAAUUCACACGGUAACACAGCUUUACAUUGGGCAAUUAUAGCUGAAAAUAGCACGGCGAUAUCCACGUUAGUGCACCAUGGCGCAUCCUUGGAUGUGCCAAACUUUGCGGAUGAGACGCCGAUGACAUUAUUAGGUCGUCACAUCGGCGCUGCUUGGUUAGGCCAUCAGAUCAGUCAAGAAAUUCGGGAAAGGCAAGGCAGAACAAGGACAUGGUGUAGAGAUAAGAGGAUACGUUGGUACUGCAUGGCCAGUACGCCGUUUAUAGUUUUCUACGUGAUCGGGAUGAUCUUUCAGAGUGGAUUGGAUUAUCUAGUAAAAUUAGGCGCAUUUGUCACUCUUUAUAUAGCACUGUAUUUAGCUAAUCAUUUUCUGUUCGACGAACGAUUAUUCCAUAUCGUACCAAUGUCGAUUUAUUUGGCUACGAAGAUGUGGAUAUACGUGACAUGGAUAUUUUGGCUAGGCAUACACUCUGCAUGGUAUCUGUGGUUAAUGAUAGUAGGUGGAUCAGUACCGCUUUGGAUAUGUUUCGUGAAAUCCUGGCGAGGGGAUCCUGGAGUAAUCACGGCUACGCACGAGGACAAAUUAAAUUGCGAUUAUUUCCAGACGAUCAUAGAGUUAGCAGAGUCCGGGGGUUUCGAGCCGCAAUCGUUUUGCAGCACUUGCUUGGUUAGAAGACCUAUGAGGUCGAAACAUUGUUCCACGUGUGAUCGAUGCGUAGCGCGAUUCGAUCAUCACUGUCCUUGGGUCAAUAAUUGCAUCGGUGCGCAUAAUCACAAGUAUUUCCUGGGAUUUUUAGCGUUGCUACUAGGCCUUUGUAUCGUUAUUUUAUCCGCUAGUGUACAGUAUUGGCAGUUCGAGUGUUGGACGAAUUUGACGAAUGGCCACACCGCUGAUAAUUAUUUAAUUGCUGCGGCUACGUGCGACGCUUGGGUGAUGUGGAUCAUGGCGAACACGUCUCUGCAUUUCUUUUGGGUCGGAACUCUACUAGCGUGUCAAUGUUAUCAGAUAAUGGUACUUGGAAUGACGACGAACGAGCGCAUGAACGCCGGCCGGUACGCGCACUUUAAGCAAGGGAAUCCUUUCCAUCGCGGCGCUCUUCAAAACGCGGCCGACUUCUGCAACCUAAGCUUCUGCGGGGUGAAGGCGAAACCAAGCUCGGAUUGGUUGCAUAGCUUCGAUCACAAACAGAGCAUUGAAAAGCUGCCUUUGCUCGCCACCAAGGACAACUUCCAAUACAUUUAGAGUAUAUCUUAUGUUCCGGUGGACGCUUACACGGAGAAAGAUUACAUUAGCCAUCAGAAGCUAACGCACGGUGUGUCAUAUCAAUUAACGCCCGAAGCACACACACAUUUCCGGGCAACCAAAGAGUUACUAGAAAAUCGGGUGUGAUGACGUUCAGACAGAGGUAAUGAUUUUUGCAUACACACAGAUUUCAAUUUGCAUAUUAUCGAGUAAUUUCCUACAGUCAGUGAGAUGCAAAUUUGUAACAUUCGUCUAUUGUAAAAGACUGUUCUACUACCGUAAGUAUGCAUAUCCCAUGUUUGUGUAUUCCACUUUUGGAGGUAAGACACGGAGAACAGGUUGCACAAGUACUUCGACUCUAUUUUUACAACAGAAUCGCAGCAAACGAGAUUCUCUUCUUUUUCUCUGUACACGUAGAAUCACUUGGUGUAAUCGACUUCAAAAGUCUACUUUGUAAAAUGUAAAUUUAAACGACUUACAAAUAUCACAUUGUAAAUAUCUAUUCUUUUCAAGUUAUCGUAAUGCAUCCAUUGAACGCUAUACGUAUGUUAAUAUUCGGUUGCAAGUUUUUUUUUUAAUUUUACAGUCUGUAUCCUGUAUAAUUUUAUCGAACAUCGUCUUCGUAAAAUCAAAAAACCAUGACAGUAUUUUUAUUUGGUAGUAUAAUUUUUACUUGUUAUUUUCUAAUAAGUGUAGAAGAUCGAUAUAUACACGAAUAAUAUCGUUAUAAAUGAUCACUGUAAGAAUUGAUAACUUUUAAGGUAGUAGUCGUGCUACAAUGGCAUCCAAAAUAUUGAUACACAUGAAUUUCUUACUGAUUGUGAGAGCAGGAAGGAAGCUGUCAUUUACUUUUCUCCUCUUCGAAGCGCUUGUUUUCUUGCUCUAUUUCGUAUAAAUAUUAUGACCUUGUCAAUGCCCUUGCUUACAAACGAUUUCGCUGACCAUUACGAUUUUCUAAUAUAAGAAUCUUGUGAACCUUUUACAUGAUAUAUUAGUUUUUUUUAUAUUGUAAAAGCAGUCUUUUGCUAUAAUUAAAAAUGUUAGUUUCGCGAGGGGACAUUAUAGGGAUUACAUGUUAAAAAGUUUAUCAUGACACUAGGCUUCCCGUAAUUUUAACCAUCGAUAAAUAAUAGUCUUAAUAACAUGUAGUUAAGACUUACAGAAGACCGUAAGAAAAUUAGUUUGCGGGAUUACUACCUUAAAUCAAUGUAUAAAUUAUCACAAGUUACUUGCGAGUGACGUUGAUAAUGAAAAGUAUGGCAUAUUUAUGAUAAAGUUAUAUUAUACUGUUAGCGAUUCAAUCAGUUUUUCGUACUUAAAAGAUAAGUUUACCUGAUUCGUUUAAGUGCCAUGCCGGUAUGUACAUUUUGAAAGACAUCCACCUACUACACGUACGUACACAAUUUUAUGCUCUAACUGUGUAAGAUUUGAUUAACGUUGCGUGUUAUAUCUAAUCUACAAUUAUUGCAUUGCAUAAACAAUUAAAACACGAUAGCAAUAUAAAAAUAUUUAUUAUAUAGCAUAUAUAAGAUUGUUUACAAUGUCUGUUUUAAUGGAUGUCAUCAACUUUCGAAGAAUUAUACUAUUAAUUACAUGUAGUAUAAUUCGAUGAACGAAAACCGAAGAAAGAGUCUGGUACAUUUUUGUACAACGAAGUAUAGAAAAAUGCAGUUGUUUUACAUUCCAAAAGAAAAUAAUACUUUGGAGUGUAACCGCGAACAUGUCUCUUUAAUAUUUAGCAUGAGCUUAGAAAUGUAUGCUUGUUUCUAAUUCGAGUCUGCGAGAGGAAAACGAUUGAACCAGGCUGUUAAGGUUGCAAGUGCCAUGUCAAUUCCAGUUUCUAACAUUAUUAGCAUGUUCACUGUGAGAGUUGCGUUAUACGCACAAUUAACGCAGGGAAACGAAAAGCUCUAUUAAUUGCAUCCUUAACAGAAGUAUGUAAGCUUGAAUUCCUAUAACUCUUAGAAUCUCCGCUAAAAGAAAUUUUGCGAUUAACGAUUCUGUCGCAAAUGUCGAAUACUCGAAUUGCAGAGAUCACAUACGUUCGUUUAACAUUGCAUUUCCGAUAGGUGCCUAAAAGUCUAACGAGGACACCCAGAGUUGGUCAAAAGUAUUUUUAGUUUCUAAGCUAAUAUUUGUUGUAUAUAAAAACUCGACGAAGUCACGUAUUAAUUUCAUUUGAAUUGAGCAUCGUCCAUUCUUCUCGGAUGGCAACAUUUCGUUGUAUUGUAUAACUUCAUCGUUCUCAGGAUAUUUUUACCUAUCGAGAUAGUUACGUACGGAGAUCAUCCGAUUUUAUUGUGGGUAUAGAUCGGUGAAUUUACAUUCCGAUGAUUCCGCGACUUGUUUGAAAAGUCUUGUACAGCGCAAAGAUUAACAUUCGGGUACAUCCUCGUCGUUUACUCAAGUGUAAUGCUUUUUAUUUAACGGCUGGCUUGUACAGAAUGCGAAGAUGAUGUUUGUACAAAGCAAAAGAAAACAGACACGUUAAAACGUACGUAUACUAUUGUUAGAUUUAAUAUUAGAACAGGUGAACGAUGAUAUUACGGAAACGAAUACUCCAUUAAACUAAUCCCACGAAAUAUCUGUAUAAAUAGCUAUAAAUACAACAAAUGUAAGUUAAAUGUAAUUAAUUA